GAGCACUAUAAGUAGCUGCUGCUGCCGAGAGGUAGGCACUGUUCACCAUGAAGGUCACAGCCCUGCUUCUGUGUGGAUUGGCGCUCGCCUCCGCUGCCGCAUACAACGGCAACCAAAAUGACGACCAAAAGCAACAGAACCUGUACAAGCUGUUCGUCAAUGUUCAGCAGCCCAACUACAACCAGGAACAGCAGCAGAUCGGCAACCACUUCAACUUCAACGCCCAGAACUUCAACAACGCCUACGCCGUAAAGCAGUUCCAGAAUGCAUACAAGCAGGGUCUGUUGCCCCGUGGACAAGUGUUCAACUACAACAACCCCAACCAGCUCCAACAGGCCAUCCAGCUGUUCGACGUCUUCUACUUCGCCAAGGACUUCGACACCUUCUACCAGGCCGCUUGCUGGGCCCGUGACCGCGUCAACGAGGGACAGUUCGUCUACGCUCUGAGCGUCGCCAUCGUCAAGCGUCAAGACACCCAGAACAUUCCUCUGCCUCCUCAGUCCGAGGUCUACCCUAACUUGUUCGUCAACGCUCAGGCUAUCCAGCAGGCCCAGAACAACAAGCAGCAAGGUCAGAAGCAAGCCACCGUCCAGUCUAACAACACCAACAACUACGUCCAGAACCAGCAACAGAAGCAACAGCAGCAACAGCAACAGCAGCAACAGCAGCAGCAGGGUAACCAGAACCAGUUCCAACAGCUGUUCAACAACCAGAACCAGAACAACCAGAACUACGACAACGAGAACCAGGCUAACCAGUACCAGAACCAGCAACAGCAGAACCAAGAGGGUCGCGUCGCUUACUUCAGCGAGGACAUCAACCUGAACCAGCAGUUCGCCAACCAGCAGAUCUACAACCCCACAUGGUUCAACCAGCAGAAGUACAACCAGAAGAACCAGAACGCCAACCAAGGCGAGAACUUCUACUACUACCUGCAACAGGUUCUUGCUCGUUACAACCUGGAGAGGUACGCCAACGACCUGCCUAACGUACAGCCCUUCCAGUUCAACAAGAACGUUCAACCCGGCUACAACCCCCAGCUGCAGUACCACAACGGACAGGCCGUGCCCGCCCGCCAGAACAACGCUAACAUCAACAAUGCCAACAACAACUACCUUCAGCAGCUGCAGAACAUCGACAGGCGCAUCGCUGACGCCGUCGACAGCCAGCAGGUCAAGAACAACCAGGGUGGUAAACAGGCUCUGAAUGCUGAGAAUGGAGUUGCUAUCUUGGGUAACAUUGUGCAGGCCAACGAGAACUCUGUCAACAACCAGUACUACGCUGCUAACAAUGGCCUUUACGGAUACUUUGACGUCUUCAGGAAGGUGGUCGGAAGCAUUGUUGACCCCAACAACAAGUACCAGAACGCUCCCGGUGCUGUUGAGACCAACUCUGCCGCCCUGAGGGAUCCCGUCUUCUACCAGGUCAUCGCUCGCAUCGUCAACUACUUCCAGAACUUCAAGAACCAACUGCAAUCCUACAAGCAGGAGCAGAUCAACUUCAACGGUGUUGAGGUCAAGGCUGUGAACGUUGACCAGCUGGUUACCUAUUUCGACAACAACGAGGUUGACCUGUACAACGCUAUCAACUACCAACAGGGAGAGCAGGCCGAGAGCUACCAAUUCAAGGCUCAGCAGCAACAACUUAACAACAAGCCCUUCAACUACCAGAUCCAGGUCAACAGCCAGCAGGACACUGACGCCGUCGUGCGAGUCUUCAUCGGACCCCAGUACGACGCACAGGGCAACCAGUACACUCUGGAGCAGGCUAGACAGAACUUCGUUGAGAUCGACCGCUUCGUCGCCCAGCUGAAGAACGGCCAGAACCAGAUCCAGCGUAACUCUCAGCAGUCCACCAGGUUCGUCCAGCAACAGCCCAGCACUCGCGCUCUGUUCAACCAGGGUCAGAACUACUACAACCAGACCCAGCAGCAGCAGCAACAAUACACUCUGCCCCAGAACCUGAUUCUCCCCAAGGGCUCCCAGAAUGGCCAGCAGUACGUCUUCGUCGUUGCUGUCAACCAGUACCAGCCCAACAACAACCAAGACAACAACCAGUACCAGAACCAGCCCAACGACAACCGUCCCCAGGGCUUCCCCUUCGACCGUCAGGUCCAGCCUCAGAACUUCCAGCAGGCUAAGAACAUCUUCUUCCAGACUGUCACUGUCUACAACAAGAACCAGAACCAGAACAACGACAACAACCAGUACUGAACACUUGGAGCAGUAACAAUGCAAUCCAUCUGUGAUUAAACGUGAUUAACAACAAUAAAAUGAACGUUUGACUCUAA